AUGGACUUCCGGACUUAUAGCCGGAAUUAUGGAAUUUAUUUCACGCUUCUGGCGAGCUUAACCUUCCAAAUCAUCCUUACCCUCUUUGGAAGCUUCCGGAAGCGCUACUCAAAGAUAUGGCUCACCUUCAUCCUUUGGUCUGCUUAUCAGUUAUCUGAUGUUGCAGCAACCACUGGGCUUGGUAUAAUAACCAGCUACCCAAGUGAUAAAUUGGACGAAAUCGUUCCAAUUUGGUCUUCAUUCCUUCUAUUACAUCUUGGUGGCCCUGAUAGUAUCACUGCUCUCUCCUUAAUAGACAAUGAGCUCUGCUUUAGACACUCCAUCCAGCUUCUCUACCGAGUUGGAGUUGCUUUUUACAUCCAUUUUAAAGUAUUCCUCGUCGUCAAAGAUGGAGAAGUUGGAAGGCCAUGGUUUGCAAUUCUCGUAUGGAUGUUGUUAGCUGGAAUCUCCAAGUAUGGGGAGAAGACAUGGGUUCUUCACUCUGCAAACAUGUCUAGUCUUAGAGAUUCCAUGCUUCCUCCUCUUAAUUCAGGGCCAAUUCUAUUAGUCCCUGGAGAUGAUGGUGAUCACCAUUAUCCUUCCAGUAGGGUUGUGGUGGCACCAGAACCGGCGGCACCUGCACCGACACCGGGCGAUUCUGGUAAGGCAAUAUUGUUGCGAGGGUACCAAUAUUUCUGCAGCUUCAAGUGCCUCUUUGUGGAUCUGAAGGUCCCUUCUUCAAGUAUUGUUGUUGAGGCCAAGGAAUUCUUCUCACAAUGUGACACCUCUUUCAAAGAUGCCUUCCAAGUGAUUGAUGUGGAGCUCAGGUUCGUGUACGAUAUGCUCUUCACCAAAGCCCUUAUGGGUCGUUCUUGGCUAGCCUGCAAUUUACGAUUCCUUAGAUAUUCUGCACUUCUCUAUACCUUAAUAGUGUUCUUUCGCAUUGGUGAGCUUGAUAUGUCAAAAAAGAAAAAUUGGGAUUAUGAUGAAACAAAAUUCCUCAACUCUUUAGUAGCCUUUCUUUUCUUUAGUUGGGCUCUUGUUCAAGAAACCUAUGAAAUCAUUCAAAUGCUUCUAUCAGAAUGGACUGUUGUCUGGCUGAAUAAUCACAAACUCCACCGGCUUUCGAUGAUCAUUUUGAAUCUCACCCUCUCCUGUAGAUUUCUUGUUUCUAAACUCAUCAACAGAUGUGGAGCAGGGGAAGUAGCAGCUUCUGAGACAACAACAAGAAAUUCAUGGUGGUAUAACAACAUCAUGUCUCAAUAUAAUCUAUUGAGCUUUUGCUUCAACGACGAGCCAACCAUGUUCAAAAGAAUCCUACAUCUUUCUUCUUGGGGGAAAUCAAUUCAUGAGAUGAUACAAACCAGCUGGAACACAACUUGCAUUGAUGUCUCCAACGACAUUAAAGAUUUCAUCUACCAACAAUUUAAAGAAAGGGUAAUUCAGACAUCUGAUGAUGAAGAAUUCAAAAGUGCAGAAUUUCGCAAUCCCAGAGGCAAAUGGGCAAUGAAAGUGAAUAAAUGUUCAGAAGAUCUCGAUUGGAGUGUUGAUGUUGAGUUUGAUCAAAGCAUUCUUAUCUGGCAUGUUGCAACAGAUCUCUGUUACUAUUAUGAUGAUCUUGAAUCAAUCAAACGCCAAGCUACACCUCUUUGUCAUCAAGUUGAAGUGAGUAAGGCUUUAUCUCAUUACCUAUUAUAUCUUCUUCUCGUUCUCCCUUUUAUGUUGAACGAUAAAAUUGGAAAGAUUAGGUUUCAAGACACAUGUGCCGCAGUUAAAAAAUUAUUUGAACAUAUGCCCAAGGAUGGAAGAGAAAAGAAAAACAAGUUUUUUUGUUUCAUUCUUGGGAGGAAGAAACCAUCACUCAAUGAAAAACAAACACAAGAUUACAUUAAGAGGAUGGUUACGUCGGAUCUUGAAGUUCUGAGAAGAGACACUGAAGAGGAUGAAAGCAAAUCUGUGCUAUUGGAAGCACAUAAGCUUGCAAAAUUGCUAACAUCAUUUGCAAAAGAAAAGAGAUGGAAGAUCAUAAGUGGUGUGUGGGUGGAGAUGUUGUCAUAUGCUGCAAGCAAUUGUAGUGGGAAGCACCAUGCUGAACGACUUUGUGAUAAUGGAGAGUUUCUCACUAAAAUUUGGCUUUUGAUGGCUCAUCUUGGUAUGAUAGAGUAUAAAUUUUCACUUCCGGAAGGAAGAACACCCCAGAUGGCCCCCUACGGAGAGGGUAACCUUGAUGGAACCCAGGUUGGUGUUCUCUGCAUAGAAGCUCAUCAAUACGGUGGUGGUGGUGGUGGUGUUGUCUCUGAUAUCGACUUCGCAGUAAUCAAGGUAGAUGAUUGGUGUGGAAGGAAGCAGGCUGAGCCCAAAGAAGAGAGCGGUGAGGAUCAGGGUGAAGGUGAAGCCCAGGCAACACCGACGGCAGCUGCUCUUCAACUUAGAUUGUCCGAUGUUGCAGCCACGACCAGCCUUGGGAUAGUAACAAGCUUCAGUAGCUAUGACCUGGACGAGAUCGCCCCAAUCUGGUCGUCUUUCCUUCUAUUGCAUCUCGGAGGCCCUGAUAGUAUCACGGCCAUAUCUUUAGUAGACAAUGACAUCUACUUUAGACACUCUAUUCAACUCCUCUACAGAGCUGGAGUUGCUGUCUACAUCCAUUUUAAACUAUUCCUCGUCAGAGCUGAAAAACUUGGAGGGGAUUCCUGGUUUGCAGUUCUGACAUGGAUGUUGUUGGCCGGAAUAUCAAAGUACGGGGAGAGGACAUGGGCUCUUCACUCGGCAAACAUGGCUAAUCUUAGAAAUUCCAUGCUUCCUCCUCCUAAUUCAGGGUCACCAAUAAUUGAUCUAUUACUAGCAGUAGUCCCUAAUGAUCAUAAUGAUGAUGUUGGUGAUCAUCCUCAUCCUGAUCAGUUCAUUCCCAUGGAUGAAUAUGCUUCCGGGAUAGUGGCGGCAUCGCCAACCCCACCGCCACCGCCACCGCCACCGGGUGAUGAUGGGACAUUAUUAAUGAAAGGCCAUUUAGAUUCAGGGUCAAUUCCAUUAGUCUCUGAUGAUGGUGAUGCUUCUGGGGUGGUGGCGGGGGCACCAGCGACGGCGACGGCAAUGGCAACGGCAACGACGACGACAGCAUCGAAACUGACACCUGCACCGAUACCACCGUACGAUGGGACAUUAUUAAAAGACCAAUUGGAUCAUGGUAAGGCAAUAUUGUUGAGAGGCUACCAAUAUUUCUGCAGUUUCAAGUGCCUCUUUGUGGAUCUCAGCAUUAAUGUCGUCCCCAGCUGCUCUAGUAAUAAUGUUAUUGACACCCACAGAUUCUUCUUACAAUGUCCUUGCCAAGUUGCCUUCCAACUAAUUGACGUGGAGCUCAGGUUCGUCUACGAUAUGUUCUUCACCAAAGCCCUUAUGGUUCGUACUUGCCUAGUCUGCAAUUUACGAUUCCUUAGAUAUUCCGCCCUUCUUUAUACCUUAAUAGUGUUAAGUCGCAGUGGUGAGCUUGAUAGGGUAGAAAAUUUCAUCACCUCCUCCUUAGUAGCCAAACUUUUCUUUAGUUGGGCUCUUAUUCAAGAAACGUAUGAAAUCAUUCAAAUGCUUCUAUCGGAAUGGACUGUUGUCUGGCUGAAUAAUCACAACCUCAACCGGCUUUCAACCAUAAUUUUGAAAUUCAUCCUCUCCUAUCGAUUACUUGGUUCUAAGCUCACCAGCAUAUGUGGAAUGGGCAGGGGAGUAGCUAAUUCUGAGACGACAACAACAAGUUAUACAUGGUGCUUCAACAACAUCAUGGCUCAAUAUAAUCUAUUGAGCUUUUGCUUCAAAGACGACCAGCAAACAAUUUUCAAAACAAUCCUACAUCUUUCUUCUUGGGGGAAAUCAAUUCAUGAGUGGGUAGCAAUCAGCAGGAACACAACUUCCAUGCAUGUCUCCGAUAACAUUAAGGAUUUCAUCUACCACCAAUUUAAAGAAAGGGUAAUUAUUCAGACAUCUGAAUCUGAUGAUGAAGAAUUCAAAAAAAGUGAAACAGAUCAAUUUCGCAAUCCCAGAGGCAAAUUGGUAAUGAAGAUGAUGGAUAAAUGCUCGGAACACAAUUAUCUGGAAGAACUCGGUUGGAGUAUUGAUGUUGAAUUUGAUGAAAGCAUUCUUAUCUGGCAUGUCGCAACGGAUCUCUGUUACUAUUCUGAUGAUCUUGAUCCAAACGAAUGCCAAGCACCAACCUUUGGUCAUCAAGUUAAAGUGAGUAAGGCUUUAUCUGAAUAUCUAUUAUAUCUUCUUCUCAUUCUCCCUUUUAUGUUGAACAAUAAAAUUGGAAAGAUUAGGUUUCAAGACACAUCUGCUGCAGUUAAAAAAUUGUUUGAUCAUGUGCCCAAGGAUAAAAGAGAAAAGAAAAGCAAUAAGCUUUUUUCUUUCAUUCUUCAGAGGAAGAAGAAAUCAUCACUUGUUGAAAAACAAACAAAAGAUUACAUUAAGAGGUUCCUUAGGUUGGAUACCCAAGUUUUGAUGAGUGAUACUAAAGCAGAUGGAAGCAAAUCUGUGCUACUGGAAGCACAUAAGCUUGCAAAAUUGCUGAAAUCAUUUGAAAAGGAAGAAAGAUGGAAGAUCAUAAGUGGUGUGUGGGUGGAGAUGCUGUCCUAUGCUGCAAGCAAUUGUACUGGGAAACACCAUGCCCAACGACUUUCUGAUGGUGGAGAGUUUCUCACCAAAAUUUGGCUUUUGAUGGCUCAUCUUGGUAUGGUAGAGUAGUUUAGUCUUUGGUAUUUCUUUGUGGAAUUAAUUCAGUUAUUGUUAAUUUACUUCUAUAUAUACAGUAGUGAUUGAUCGUUUCUAGUGUUACUAGUACACUCCAUCUAAUUAAAUGGCUAUCCAUGUAUCUUCUAUGAAUAAAUGGG